AUGGGAAGAUCUGCUCCUCGUCCCCGUCCUGCUGCUGCACGCAGCCCCCCUCCUCAAACUGUAAACCGUGCUCCUCCUCCAGCUCCAGCUCAGGCGAGCAGUGGUGGUGGCAUGUUCUCAGGCAUUGGUUCAACCAUAGCUCAGGGUAUGGCUUUUGGUACCGGGAGUGCAGUCGCACACAGGGCUGUGGAUUCAGUGAUGGGCCCACGAACCAUUCAGCACGAAGCUGUUGAGGCUGCCUCUGCGUCUGGAGCUCCUGCUGCAAGCAACGUGUUCUCGAGUUCCUGUGACAUUCAUGCUAAGGCUUUCCAAGAUUGCAUCAGCAGCUAUGGAAGCGAGAUUAGCAAGUGCCAGUUCUACAUGGACAUGUUGUCUGAGUGCAGGAAGAACACUACCUCCGGUAUUGGUGCCUGA